AUGGCCGGACAACGUGCGGCCAACUUCCCUUGGACAUUCUGGCCGCAAUGCUUUUCGAAUGAAAAUACCAAAGAGCCAUACUGCGUAUUCACGUCCCACGAUUUCGCCGGCGGCCGAGGAAUUUCGAUAGUCACCACUUCAUCCGAUGCGUACAACAUACUGCGAAAGCCUGCAUUCUCACAACCAGAGAUAUUGGAGUAUGUAAACGAUCUCUCCAACCCACCCUAUGUCCAACACGAAUUCCCUAUCAAAGGCCGGGGUCUCGUAGCCAACAAGACCCUGCACCGCGGCGACGAAAUUUUCUCCUCUACACCCCUCCUCAUCAACAACCCGGAUGCGUACGACCUUGAUGAAGCCGAGCGCCUCCAACUCGCGCACACAGCCAUCGCACAACUACCCACCAAGACCCGAGAGCUCUUCUGGGCGCUCCUAGACCACUUUAAGGGCGACCCCGUCGACGACCGCAUCAACACCAACGCCUUCGAGCUCGAGAUCUUCGGCAACAUGCGCCACGGAGUAUUCCCGGAAAUCGCGAUGCUGAACCACGAUUGCCGACCCAACGCAGCGUAUUUCUUCGACGAAGAGACACUAACGCAUUACGUGCACGCGACGCAGGAUAUUGCGCCUGGUCAGGAGAUUACAAUCACGUAUACCAACAACGCUGCGGUGCGGAGCGUGCGUAUGGAGAACUUGAAGCGCAAUUGGGGCUUCGAUUGUAGUUGUAGUAGCUGUAGAGCUCACCCCGCUCUAACGGCCGAAUCUGAUGCUCGGCUUUUGCAAAUCGAGGAGUUGGAAGGUACGCUCGAUGAUUGGAGUACCGAGUCUACUGCUACGCCUGAGAUGGCCGAAGCCCUGAUUUCGCUCAUGGUCCAGGAGCGCUUGUAUGCCAGUCUUGGGACGGCGUAUCGGCUUGCAGCGAUGGCGUAUUCGAGUUUUGGGGAUAAGUGGAAUGCGGUGAGGUAUGCGAGGCUAAGUGUGGAGUAUCUCGCGCUAGAUAAGGGGUUUAGGGAGGGUGAUGUUUAUGCUAUGAAGCAGUUGGCGACUGAUCCUGAGAUGCAGUGGAGUUGGAGGAAGAGGGUUGGGAACCAGAGGUUUGUGGGAGGUUGUGGACAUCGGCAUUAG